UCUCUCUCUCUCUCUCUGUGUUUUGUCGUAGAGACUUUGAAACACACAGAAAACAGAGAGAGAGUCUCAGAGGUCCUGCUUUGUUCUGUCGUACGUCCAUUUGCGCAUUGCCACUUUGCCACCUUCGUCUCCCACUCUUUCUUUCUCAGGGGAAGACAGAAACUGAGAGUGACAGAGAGAAAAACCCAACUGGUUGUUUUGCUAAACUGAUGAUUUAUGUGAAGAACAAGAGAGCCUGAAUGGAGUAGAAAUGGAGAGCGGUUAUGCAAAACUCCAGUUUAAGUCAUGGCUCAGCCAAUUCCGCAAUGGCUCCAAUCCUUGGAUGGCCAGAUAUGUCUACGGCUUUAUGUUCUUAAUAGCAAAUCUUCUGGCAUGGGCCGUCCGGGAUUAUGGACGCAACGUGUUGACGGAGAUGGAAAGAUUAAAAGGAUGCCAUGGUGUGAAAGAUUGUUUGGGUGCACAAGGGGUUCUGCGUGUCAGCUUGGCAUGCUUUAUGUUUUAUUUCACAAUGUUUCUUUCGACGGCUGGUGCAUCAAAGUUGAAGGAGCCUAGAGAUUCAUGGCAAUCUGGAUGGUGGUCUGCCAAGAUUGUCCUCUGGGUUACUUUCAUUAUUAUUCCCUUUUUGCUUCCUGCUGCAAUCAUUCAGCUCUAUGGGGAGAUUGCGCAUUUUGGUGCCGGGGUAUUUCUCCUGAUUCAGCUAAUAAGCAUAAUAAGUUUCAUUACAUGGCUGAACGAUUGCUGUCAGUCUUCCAAAUCAGAAAGAUGCCAAAUUCAUAUCAUGCUACUUGCAACUACCGCAUAUGUUUUAUGCUUAACGGGGAUCAUAUUGAUGUACAUAUGGUAUGCACCAGAACCAUCUUGCCUCCUCAACAUUUUCUUCAUUACCUGGACAUUAGUACUUCUACAACUCAUGACCAGUGUCUCUCUCCACCCGAAAGUGAAUGCUGGCAUUUUGACUCCAGGGCUCAUGGGGCUCUAUAUAGUAUUCAUCUGCUGGUUUGCCAUUAGAAGUGAGCCAACAGGGGAAAGUUGCAACAGGAAGGCAGAAGCUUCAAACAAAACAGAUUGGCUCACCAUCAUAAGCUUUGUCAUUGCCGUACUUGCGAUGGUUAUUGCAACAUUCUCAACGGGGAUAGAUUCUAAAUGCUUUCAGUUCAGGAAGGACGAGACAGAAUCCGAGGAUGAUGUUCCAUAUGGUUAUGGCUUCUUCCAUUUCGUUUUUGCCACAGGAGCAAUGUACUUUGCAAUGCUGUUGAUUGGUUGGAAUACUCAUCAAUCCAUGAAAAAGUUUACAAUUGAUGUGGGAUGGGCCAGCACAUGGGUGAGGAUUGUGAACGAGUGGAUCGCUGUCUGCGUGUAUUUAUGGAUGCUGGUUGCUCCAAUCAUAUGGAAGAGCAGACAAACGGCGGAAUCUGCAUAAGUUAAAACAAAUUUGUUUCACGUCUGCCUCAUUCAUCAACCGUUGUACAUGUGGGAAUGUCUAAGCCUUGGCAAAGAGAGGAUCGAAAGUUAGAAACUAUUUGCAUACUCAAGAAGAGCCUCAGGUCAUGGACAGCUCCACCUUCCUCUAAUCUAAGGGCCUAGUAAAAAGUUAAGGAGGUAUAAAAAAAGAGCAUACAAGUUACCCAGAUACCUAGUGUUGUGAAUUCAUAACACUCGUGCAUAUAGUGUGAGAAAAUCCAUUCCCUGUAUGGUAGAAGAAUGUAGCAUCUUGUUAAAUGUUACAAUACUGAAAAGCAAAUGUCUUUUAAGUGAAGGGUUUUAGAUGAUA